AUGAUCGAGGUUGUGUGCAGUGACUGCUUGGGAAAUAAAGUCCACAUUAAGUGCAACACUGACGACACCAUUGGGGACCUGAAAAAACUCAUCACUGCCCAAACUGGCACCUGUUGGAACAAGCUUGUUGUGAAGAAAUGGUGUAUCAUUUUCAAAGAAUACGUGUCUCUGGCUGACUACGAAAUCCAUGAUGGAAUGAUCCUGGAACUUUACUACCAGUAG